AAAACAGGAUGAUGUCACCUGCAGUGAAAGGAAAUUGUUGAACUGAAUCCUUUUGUAAAGAAAGAGGGGAAAAAUAUGGACGUUGCUGCACGGAUGGCUGGAAUUUGUUGGGAAUUAAAACGCCAAGCCCACAUGUCAGAAAUCAUUAAUCUUUCCCAGUUCCAUCCUGCGCCUCGUCUUUUGUUUGUCAUUUGUAACCAGUGGAAGAACAAGAGUGGAUGCUUUUGUUAAGUUUAAGAAUAAUGGCCUUUCAGUGAAAGAGCAUGGUGUAGUUUGAAGAGAUCGCAUAUAAUGGAAUCAUCAGCUGUUGUGAGUAAAUAAAGAAUCAUGAACAUGGCACCUCGGAAGAGAAGUAGUCGGGGUCUUUCCUUCAUAUUCUGCUGCUUUCGAGGGAGUGACCACCCAGAGAUCACAUACAGGCUGAGGAAUGACAGCAAUUUUGCAUUGCAGACGAUGGAGCCAGCAUUGCCCAUGCCUCCACCUGAAGAACUGGAUAUCAUGUUCACUGAGCUUGUGGAUGAACUGGACCUCACUGAUAAACACAGGGAAGCCAUGUUUGCACUUCCUGCAGAGAAGAAAUGGCAGAUAUAUUGCAGUAAGAAAAAGGAGCAAGAAGAAAAUAAAGGAGCCACAAGUUGGCCAGAAUUUUACAUUGAUCAGCUGAAUUCCAUGGCAGUUAGAAAAUCGCUCUUGGCUUUGGAAAAAGAAGAUGAGGAAGAAAGGAAUAAAACCAUUGAGAGUUUAAAGACUGCAUUAAGAACACAACCAAUGAGGUUUGUUACCAGAUUCAUUGACUUGGAUGGCUUAACGUGCAUUCUCAACUUUCUGAAAAGUAUGGACUAUGAAACUUCAGAAUCUCGAAUACAUACUUCUCUAAUAGGCUGUAUUAAAGCACUAAUGAACAACUCUCAGGGCAGAGCUCAUGUUUUGGCUCAUGUAGAGAGUAUUAACGUAAUAGCCCAAAGUCUUACGACAGAAAAUAUAAAGACUAAAGUAGCGGUCUUGGAAAUUUUGGGUGCUGUGUGUCUAGUGCCAGGUGGUCAUAAGAAGGUACUGGAAGCAAUGCUGCAUUACCAGAAAUAUGCAAGUGAAAGAACACGUUUCCAGACUCUAAUCAAUGAUUUGGACAGAAAUACAGGAAGAUACAAGGAUGAAGUGAAUCUUAAAACUGCUGUCAUGUCUUUCAUUAAUGCUGUCCUAAGUCAAGGUUCAGGAGAGGAAAGUCUUGAUUUUAGAGUACAUCUCCGAUAUGAAUUUUUGAUGUUAGGUAUUCAACCUGUUAUUGACAAAUUACGUGAACAUGAAAAUGCAACUUUAGAUAGGCAUUUAGAUUUCUUUGAGAUGCUGAGAAAUGAGGACGAAAUGGAACUAGCAAAAAGAUUUGAUGUGGUUCACAUCGACACAAAAAGUGCUACCCAGGUGUUUGAACUGGUUAAGAAAAAGAUCAGCUAUACAGAUGCAUACCCGCACUUUAUGUCAAUUCUCCAUCAUUGGCUUCAGAUGCCAUAUAAGCGAAGCGGAAACACUGUACAAUAUUGGCUACUGCUGGACCGAAUAUUGCAACAGAUAGUUUUACAGAAUGAUAAAGGGCACGAUCCUGAUGUUACUCCUUUAGAAAAUUUUAAUGUGAAGAAUGUUGUUAGAAUGUUGGUUAAUGAAAAUGAGGUCAAACAAUGGAAGGAACAAGCAGAAAAAAUGCGAAAAGAGCACAAUGAGCUACAACAAAAGCUGGAGAAGAAAGAGAGGGAGUGUGAAGCUAAGACGCAGGAAAAGGAGGAGAUGAUGCAAACACUGAAUAAAAUGAAAGAAAAACUGGAAAAAGAAUCUCAGGAGCACAAAGCUGCUAAGAAGCAGGCAGCUGAUCUUACAGCCCAGAUCCAGGAUCUAAGCAAUAGAGCAAGAUUUUCUGGCGUUCCGGGCGGCCCCCUUUCACCACCUGGAGCCCCUGGUGGACCGCUGCCUCCCUCUGCACUUGCUUCAGUCGGCGGUCCCUCUCCUCCGCCUGCUCCUCCUCCACCAUCACUUGGUGGAUUGCCUCCGCCUCCUCCGCCCCCACCUCCUGGUGGACCCCCUCCACCUCCAGGUUUGCCACCGAUGGGUGGUGUUCUACCUCCUCCAGGAGCCCCUUUGGGCCCAGGACACAAGAAGAAAAAUAUUCCACAACCAGGAAAUGCUUUAAAAUCCUUCAACUGGUCCAAGUUACCAGAGAACAAACUUGGGGAAACUAUCUGGAUGGAAAUUGAUGAUAUGAAGGUUUUUAAAGUACUUGACUUGGAAGACCUUGAAAAGACGUUCUCUGCAUACCAAAGGCAACAGGAUUUCUAUCUGAGCAAUCAUUCUAAGCAGAAAGAGACAGAUUCUAAUGAAGACACAUUAAAUUCUACCAAAAAAGUCAAAGAAUUGUCUGUAAUAGACGGGAGAAGAGCGCAGAAUUGCAAUAUUCUUCUCUCCAGGUUAAAGCUAUCCAAUGAGGAGAUAAAACGGGCUAUUUUAACAAUGGAUGAGCAGGAGGAUUUGCCUAAGGACAUGCUUGAACAGCUGCUGAAAUUUGUUCCUGAAAAGAGUGAUAUUGAUAUACUGGAAGAGCACAAACAUGAAAUAGAACGUAUGGCCAAAGCAGACAGGUUCCUGUACGAAAUGAGCAGAAUUCCUCACUAUCAGCAGAGACUACAGUCCCUGUAUUUCAAGAAGAAAUUUGCCGAAAGAGUGGCAGAAGUUAAACCUAAAGUUGAAGCUAUUCGUUUGAGCUCCAAGGAGGUUUUGCAAAGCAAAAAUCUGAAGCAGCUGUUGGAGGUGGUUUUAGCUUUUGGCAAUUACAUGAACAAGGGACAAAGAGGCAAUGCUUAUGGUUUCAAACUCUCUAGUCUGAACAAGAUUGCAGACACCAAGUCUAGUAUUGAGAAGAAUAUUACUCUUUUGCACUAUUUGAUUACAAUUUUGGAGAAGAAAUAUCCAAAAGUGGUGAACAUCCAUGAUGAUUUACAGAGUGUUCCUGAGGCAGCCAAAGUAAAUUUGAUUGAGUUGGAAAAGGAAUUCAGUAGCCUGAGAAGUGGUCUGAAGGCUGUGGAGUGUGAGCUGGAGUACCAGAAGUCACAACCUGCACAGUCCGGUGACAAGUUUGCCUCUGUAGUGAGUCAGUUUAUUGCCGUUGCAAGUUUUAGCUUCUCUGAUGUGGAGGAUCUUCUGUUGGAAGCUAAAGAUCUGUUCAAUAAAGCUGUAAAGCAUUUCGGAGAAGAAACUGGCAAAAUUCAGCCUGAUGAAUUCUUUGGGAUUUUUGAUCAGUUCCUCCAAGCCUUUGCAGAGGCCAAACAGGAAAAUGAGAACAUGAGGAGGAAAAAGGAGGAGGAGGAACGAAGAGCUAAAAUGGAAGCACAGCUUAAAGAACAAAGAGAAAGAGAGCGAAAAGCAAGGAAAGCAAAAGAAGGUGGUGAGGAGGGAGGAGAAUUUGAUGACCUGGUUUCAGCUCUACGUUCAGGAGAAGUUUUUGAUAAAGAUUUCAAGCUAAAGCGCAACCGGAAACGUGUCAGCAGCCAAGUGACAGAUGGGAGUCGAGAACGACCAGCUAUGAAGCUCAACUACUAAGCCGUCAUCAGUAGUUCAGAAUUAUGGCUGUGUAGCAGCCAGCUUGCGUGUUACUAUCCUGUUGUGAUCAUAUUCACCAAUUAUCCUGCCUACUGGCCCUAUUAGUGGCUGCUGCUCUUCACAGCAGGCUCCUUUUCCUCUUUGUAGCUGGGUUUUGCAUGCACCACUGUUAAUGAGAACUUUAUUUUACGUGGUGCUGAAGCACAGGAAACAUUGGAGCAUUCCUAGGAUUUGCACAACUGAUGAGUACAACUAGGUGUCUGUGAUUUUGUAAUAAAAAUAUAUCCUUCCACAAAUGCUUCACUACGUAAGCAUUGCAUCACAACCUCUCCAUUUUGUUACCUAAUGGAUUAAAGAUGGUGCUGAUACAAUAAGGAGAUGUGUGGAGCUGAUGAUUAUUUGGAUGUGAAUCUGACGUGAAUAAAGCAUGCUGGAAAGACGGUGUUGACUUAAAUAAGUGGAGUUUAGAAGGAACAGUUUAAGUGUGUGUUUUGCUGAAGACCCUCGAACAUCUGUGGCUUUUGACCUGGUUCCAAGGAAUUGAAUGAUUUCCCUUGAUCAUUUUUUAAAACAAUUCAUAUUUGGAAAAUGCUUUAUUUUAAACAUCAUUUUCUCAAACUAUUUUCUUGACUGAAAACAAGUAUGAUCAUGGAAAUGCAAAUAUAGAUGUUACCUUGGUGAUAUCCAGAUCUUCUUUGCUUUUAUACAAAACAUUCCAUAAUUAAUGGGGAUGAUAGGGUUCUCUAAAGGGGCAAUGACAUAUUGAACCUUUAUUCUUGCUGCUGGCAGCUCUACAGCAGGACCAUAACCAGACACGAGAUAUAGUUGAAGUGGUUCUAUUCAGUUAUAUUGGUG